GUCGGUCUUGACAGCGAACAUGAAAAGGACGUGUAGCUCAGCCAUUUGAAACGACUCAGUAUUACAACUAGCCAAUGAGCCGAUUUGUUAACCUCCAUUCUGUAUUUUCCUCAUACAUCACUGGCGGUUAAUGGUUUUAUUUAUCAUAACGUACAUCAUAUAUGUUGUUAAUUAGUCAUUUCAAUGGCGUUUAACGGCCACCAACGCGACGAUGAUACUGUCGACGAAGACGAAACGCCCACGAAGCAGCCGCGGUCCAACAAGGAGAUGCCCGGUUACUUCAGAAACGACCCUCAAAAUGAGGCUGGCGCGUCCGCAGGGAGAGCCACAUCCGAGCGCCGGACAUCCAACUCGACGGCGAGGCAUCGGAAGGACUCGGUUAAGAAGACGAGGCCGCCAUUUCCUUGGUUUGGGAUGGACAUUGGAGGUACCCUGGUGAAGCUUGUGUACUUUGAGCCCAAAGACAUCACAGCAGAGGAAGAGCAGGAAGAGGUGGAGAACCUGAAGAGCAUCCGCCGCUAUCUGACCUCCAACACGGCUUAUGGUAAAACUGGCAUCAGGGAUGUGCAUCUGGAGCUGAAAGACCUGACAUUGUGUGGCAGGACAGGCAACUUGCACUUCAUCCGCUUCCCCACUCAUGACCUCCCAGCUUUCCUGCAGAUGGGCCGCAACAAGCACUUCUCCAGCCUACACACCACCCUCUGCGCCACUGGAGGGGGGGCGUACAAGUUUGAGUCUGAUUUUCGUAUGAUGGCUGACCUGCAACUCCACAAGCUGGAUGAGCUGGACUGUUUGAUUCGGGGCGUGCUGUACAUUGACUCGGUGAUGUCCAGUGGCCCCUCAGAGUGCUACUACUUUGAAAACCCCACAGAUCCGGAUCACUGCGUCCAGAGGCCCUAUACACUGGAGAAUCCUUAUCCUCUGCUGCUGGUCAACAUUGGCUCUGGUGUCAGUAUCCUGGCCGUCUACUCGGAGAACAACUACAAACGAGUCACUGGGACCAGCCUCGGUGGCGGGACCUUCCUCGGCCUGUGCUGCCUGCUGACUGGCUGCUCUACUUUCGAGGAAGCCCUACAAAUGGCUUCUCAAGGGGAGAGCACCCGCGUGGACAAGCUGGUUCGGGACAUCUAUGGAGGAGACUAUGAGAGGUUUGGGCUGCCAGGCUGGGCUGUGGCCUCAAGUUUUGGCAACAUGAUGUCAAAGGAAAAGAGGGAGUCGGUGUCUAAGGAGGACCUGGCCAGGGCGACACUGGUCACCAUCACCAAUAACAUCGGCUCCAUCACCAGAAUGUGUGCUCUCAAUGAGAACAUUGAGAGAGUGGUGUUUGUUGGGAACUUCCUACGAGUGAACACCCUCUCUAUGAAGCUGUUAGCCUACGCCAUGGACUACUGGUCCAAGGGCCAGCUCAAAGCUCUUUUUCUUCGGCAUGAGGGUUACUUUGGUGCAGUCGGAGCCCUGCUAGAACUUCUGCAUCCAUCAUAAUCCAUCCUAACGACAGCCGAAGAAGUGUCUGUCAGUCUGCUGCAAAGAUCAAAAGCACUUUAGACUGUUAGGAAUAAAUUCUAUGGUGGCAUGUUACUGGUAAAUCUCGGUAAAGCAGUCCUGGGGGUUCUCGGUAACCUGGUUAAGAUGGUGAAAGUGAACUCAGUUCUUUUACACAUCUGCUUUUGCGGUCAGUGAAUGGAGUCCAUUUCCUGCCUUGAAAUCGUGUGUGGCAGAUUUGACAAAAGUAUUAUUCUGAGGACUUUACAGAAAUGAGCCACGUUUGGUCUGAAACAUCUGGAAGGAAAUUCACCAGGGUUGCCUGAAAUACUUUACUUAAAAAGUACUAGUUAUCAGGUAGUCUUACUGACUGUCUUUACCCCUCAGUGGGUAUCAGGUUCUGGGCCAAAUAUUUUAUUUUUUUUAAGUACUUUGAACUGUUACUUUAACCCAGCAAAGGUACUCAGUGAAUGAAAGGUGUCUGACUUAAAGUGCUGGUUUUGUCACAGGAAUAAUCCUAAACCCAAACAGAUUUUGUUUUAUUUAAAAUUUUCAUUAAAUUAUCUUAAUUAAGAAGAUGAGAAAUUUUAAAACUUUGAUAAAUUACCCCAAAUUAAAAACAACUGCCUGUUGACUAAUUUAUUAAUUAACCAGCAGUUUUAGCUCUUUGUCGUUCCAAAAUGAUUGUAGAUGAAGUUCAUAUGAUUCAUGUUGUAGUUAACUAGGAGUCAUCCAGCUGCUUAUUUUGGGGUUUAGAAACGUUUUGUCCCAACAGAGCUCCUGUCCACGUGGUUGUUUAAAACACUGUAUUAUUUACAGCUUUGUACUACUUGGAGUAAUUCAUUGUCAUUAUCUUCAUCAGGGGUUGAUAACACUUAUUUUAGCUGUUAAGAACAACACAUUUCAUUCAUAUUUCAACGGAAACGCGAACUGUUACUACAGAAUAUAUAUCCUUUAAUUUUUUUUAUUCUAUGAAAGGUAAAUAUUCUGCUGUCUAAAUGCUUUUCCCCAUUGGAAUCUCAAUGCUUGUAAACUUGGUUUCUUUAUCAGGACGUCUGCACAGUCUGCUUGACUGAAGUGCCCUGAAGCCAGUGCAUCAUCAUACAAAAGAAGUCGGCAAGAAAUUAGACAUUUCUAGGUCUGCAGAGACAGUUUAGGUCUAAAUAGCGGCGCUAUAGUGCUGAAUUUCCUCAGAUCUUCAGAAGAAACUGCUUUUUUUCUGAAGGAGGUGUAAAAUGUGUGACCCAAGCCAGUUCAGCCUGUUCAUGGACUCUGACGCAGGUGUUCUUCCUGUUACAUGCAAUGCUGAUCCGUCCCGCUCUAACGUCAUCUCUGUUCAGUAAACAGUCCAACCAUGAUUACAGGGACCAUAAUAAAUCAGAAACUCAUUUAUAGGCAGUUUCAGUGGCUAGAGAAACGUCAUCCUUUAACACACAGUUAGUUCUUUAAGUGCCUGUUAUGUUUUGUGUGUCCAGUCUGAUUUUAACAAGUCAAACUUGCGUUUUCCACCAUUAACUUGUACACAGCAUAGGAACAUUUCUCUUUCUUUUUCUAACUGAGCACUGUAAAACUUCUCAUUGAAUUCCUCUAUUAAAUAUAAUCCCUACAUA